AUGCCCCUCGAGGUCUUAUUCUUCGGCGCAGGCGCCAUUGGGGCAUUUUAUGCUUCCCGGGUGGCUCGCAAUGCCAACACCAAUGUCUCGGUCGUCUGUCGCUCAAACUACUCAGCUGUCAAAGCCAGUGGCUUCCAGAUAACAUCUUCUCAAUACGGCGACUAUAAUUGGACACCGACUCGGACAUUCAACUCUCCCGAAUCUGCUCGCAAAAGUGGUGUCAAUUGGGACUUCGUGGUGGUCAGCACCAAAGCACUGCCCAACGUUUCAGACGAUUCGAAACUCCUUGAAGGGCUUGUUGGUCCCAAGACAGCCGUUGUACUGAUCCAGAAUGGCCUGGGCGUUGAGCGACCGUAUUCUCAGCGAUUCCCCCAAGCAACGAUCCUAAGUGCCGUGACGAUCGCUUCCUGUGCACAGCCAUCUAAUGGCCAUAUCAAACAUAAUCGCUGGACACGGAUAAACGUGGGGCCGUACUUCUCAGACUCAAGCCCAUCCGCCGAAGUCAAAGCCAAACCGACGGCUCAGAACCAAACGUUUGUCGACCUGCUCCUGAAGGGAGGCAUCAAGGAUGCCAUCGCCGAUACGCACGAGAAGCUCCAGCUCGUCCGCUGGCACAAGAUCGCCAUCAAUGCAUCGAUGAAUCCGUCCGCGGUGCUAUCGGGUGGAUCAACCAACGAAGCCAUGUCCAACGACCCGGAGCUAUCGAGGCAUCUCCAGGGCGUGAUGGAGGAAGUGCUCACGACCGCACCCAAGGUGGUCGGCAAGCCGUUUCCAGCCGGGUUCGCCACCGCCGAACAAAUACUUCGGUCGACGCGGAAGAACACGAGCGGGAGCAAGCCGAGCAUGCUGCUCGACUGGGAAGGCGGCAAGCUGAUGGAGCUAGAAGUUAUCUUGGGCAACCCAAUCCGGCUCGCGCGGGAGAAAGGAUAUGAGAUGCCUAGGAUGCAGACUUUAUAUGCUCUGUUGAAGAUGGCCGAGAAGAACCGGGAAGCUCAGAAGCAGAAUGAUGCCAAAGGGGGAAGCAAGCUCUGA